CGCACAGGGGCGGCCGUUGAGAGGAGGCGACCCACGCCGCUCCUCGAGCAAGCCGGCACUGUAUUUCCUCCUUCUCCGCCCUUAUUGUCACCUUCGGCCCGUUUGAUUCCAACUCCCUGCUUUGUUUGCGCCUUGGCCCGUCGCCUGGCAUGUUUUCGGUCGAUGCACGCGCGUGGGGCUCGUCCCCCCGCUACGGCGUAGACACCGGGCCGGUGGCGCCUUUCGGCGCGGAGAGUGCCCUGUCGGCCGGGCAUGCGGCCGUGGUGGCCGAGCAGCUCCUGGGCGUCCUGGCACAGCACCUUCAGACCACCACCCCGGCAGAUCUCGGGCACCUGGUGGCCCUGUAUGACCCGUCGCGCGCUGCCUGGCAAUCGACGGCCCUUCCAUGUGGCCAGCCUGAUGCCUACCUCCCCGUGCCCUCGUUGGUCGAGAAGCAUUCCCUCGAUCACCUCACCGAGCGGUGGCAUGCAACCCUAUCGGAAGCGGCCGCGCCGGGCUUCGGCGAGCCGGCGGCCGUCUUCGCGGAUUACCUCCUGACCCUUGGUCGGUGGACGGCCGUGGCCAAGUGUGCGUCCUCCCACUUUUUCAAGCAGCAAGCCCGGUGCCUGGCCUGACUAACGAUCACCCUGUGGUUCUUUGCUCAGCCACGCUGGAUCUCCUGUUGCAGGGGGCAGUUUUGCCGCGGGUGGUGGCCAGUCCGAUCGAGCAGCCGCUCGAGGUGGAUGGCAUCCGGGCAGUCCUUCAAGACACCCCGCCAGAGUGGCUGCUGGACCUCCUGUCGGGCACACGCCACCGAGCCCCUGGAGAGUGGCUGGACGAGUUGUCCAGCGGCUCGAUGGCUGACAUCGUCGGCGCCGGCGCCGGCGUGUCACAAGCCGCUGCGCUUGCCCUCGACCGCGUCGGGGCCGCCAGUGGUGUUCCCGCUGCCCUGGUUUUGGGCGCCCCUCCGGACCCUGACACGCCGUUUCUCUUGGAAGUGGCAGACCUGAUCCGGCGCUAUGGUGCCCUGCAGCAGGCCAUCUACGGCCCGCUGGCGGCUCUCAUCGCCCGGGCGCGCGCAUGCAUCCUGGACAUGCAGCAGGAGGAUGCCCUGCCAGACAGCGAUGAUGAGGACCCCGGCCAUGACAGCCCCGAAGAGGACCCCAGCGAUGAGGCCCUGAAGGCAGGCUCGUCCGAUGGCGACCUGGCGGCCCCCGCCGGUCUAUGGCCGCCUCUGCGCCAGUGUGAUCUCCUACUGGCGACCCUGGUCGCGGAGCAGGCGGCUGCCAGGGAGCGCCUCCUGCGCACCGUCCUCCUGGGACAUGCCGCCCCCGGGGGCGACCCCAUCUGGGUGUGUCUCGCGCGCUUCCUCCUUCGGCGCCUGGGCGACCACACCGAGGCAGCACUGGUCCCGGUGCCUGAUCGCCAGGCCACCGCCUGGGCCCUGAAGCUGUCUGGCAUGCUGAGUUACUCGAUGAAGUGCGUGUGUCCCCCGCCCUAUUAUUCCCCUCCGGGGAUCGGCUAUUCUGCAUGCUUCUCUCCCCCUCCUUCUCUCCCUGUCCAUGUGUCUCACCGCCUGAUGAAUACGCCAGUAUUGUUCACGGCGUGGCCGAGCUGGCUGUCGGCCAGGUGGUUGGCCAUGCGGUCAGCACUGCCCUGGGCCCUUCCCCACAGGGUCUCCCUGCAUCGGUAUCCUUGGCGGACUGGCUGGGUGGCCCGCUGAGCCUCUGGCUGGAGGAACUGCUUCUCUUUGGGGACCUACCGCCGGCCAGCCUGACAGAUGCCGCCCUCUUCCUGUCGGUCAUUGCCAGUGAGGGUGGCAUCACUUCGCCAUACUUCACCCGGGUCAGUUGCUUGUCCUUCCGACUAGCGGCACAUGCGUGGGCCACCUUUCAAGAUCACUUCUUGGACCGCAUCCUUGAGCUGAGUCGACGGUGGCCGUGCGCCUCAGUCCGACGGGCACUGCUGGACAUCGCCGCGGCCGAGGUGGCCCUCGGCCGGCUGUGCCAUGCUCCCAGCGCCACUUUUGAGGGGUUGUCAUCCACGUCGCAUGCGGAUGCCUGCCGGGCGAUGGGCUUCCUCCGGUCGGCCAUCCCGGCUGCCAUUUCGCCAGACACCUGGUGUACCCUGUGGUUUGAGGCGUGUCGCCGAGCCGCGGCCCUGUGUGCCGUGGCGCUGGGCGAUAGCAUCUCCCAUUUGAUGGAAGUGCCGGUGGAAUCGGCCCGUGCAUUGAUGGAAACCCACGUCCGAGCCGUUCACCUGACCUGGGCGGUGGCCCUCCUGCAGCCGGUCUUCCUGCCGACAGACGCCGGGGCUCCGGCCAGCGCGGCGGCGCUCCUGCUGCGAUCCUUCCGGACCGGGCCCUUCGCUCAAGCGCCCGGCACCUUCCGGCUGGACAAUGCUCUGGAUCCGCGGUCUUUUCAGCUGACCGCCAUGGCUGUCACCACGGCUCUCGUGGCCGCGGUUGAUCGGCCCCUCCAGCGGGCCGUCAUCGAUGCCGGGUGGCUGUGGGCCCGCGAGCAGUCGCUCAGUCCGAAUCCCGGGCCCGGGGGGGCCGGGGCCGCGUCGGCUGCCCCCCUGCCGGGCCUCUUGGCGGCCAAAACCCCACGCCCGGAACUCGGCCCAGCGCCGAUGCUCCUGGCGGGGGAGCUACUUCGCCAUGUGGAGCACGGUGUUCGCGCCGGCGACCCCACCGCCACCCGGCACCUUGGCCGGCUCUUCCUGGCGGCCAGUGCACCCAGUGCCCUGGAUGAGCAGGCCUUCAGCGCCUUCCUCAGCCUGGCCCUCGAGGCGCUGUCGCCCUCGGUGUUGGGCAUGGCAGAGGCCGAUGCACCGGCGGCCGGUCCUGCUGGCCCUGGCCCCGGUCCGGUGGCCGCCGGGGUGCUUGGCUGCGCGAGUGUCGACCUUCCGUUGCCUGCUCGGAUUGGGGCCUUUUCCGGUCGGCCGCAGGGCGACGACAACUCCGACAGCGAUGAGGACUUCUGGGCCGAGGACCACCAAUCGCCCGUCAUGUUGGCGGUGGUCGAGCGUCAGUUGGCCGAGGUGGCCCUCGGGGGCUGCCCACCGCCGGCGCCGGGUCCGAGUGUCCGACCUCCAGGCGUCCCAGCUGCCGCCGGGCCGGCCCGGCUGGCCGAGCAUCUCCUUGCCGCCGCGACCCGGCCCACUGGCGGCAUGAUGCCCGAUGGUGGGAUCGACACCCUGGCCGGGGAUUUCCUCCGGUGCCCGGGUUUGGUGGAGGUGUUGCGGGAUGUGGUCCGGCGGACGGUGGCGCUGGCCGGCGGCCCGGUCACCCUGGCCCGGGCCGUUCGCUUGACCUUGGCGCACACCCUGGCCGAGGUGCAGGCCGCCAGCUCGACCAGCGUGAGCACCUGCCACCGACCACUGGUCACGGAUGUUGCCUUCGCCGAGGCCCAACUGGCCAGUGUCCAAGCCUUUUUGGCGCAAUCUCUCCUGCCGCCCGUCCGACCCAGGACGCCGGACUUCCCGGGCACCACACACUUCGACCACCACCUCCGGGGGCUGAUCUAUGGGUUCCAGCGAUCGCAUGGGGCGCCGGCGCCGGGAUCGCGCCCGGGACGCUUUGGCCAGGGGCCGGUCAUCCCGCUGUCCGAGCGUGCACUGCACUCGUGCCAUGUCAUGCUCCACGAUGCCCGGCAGUCGGCGCGUGUCUGGGAGCGCCUGGCUGCCAUGAGCCCGCAGUGGGCAACUUCACGGCCGCUGGUCCUUUCGCACCGGUUCUGGCCCGGGCGGGUGUCGCGUGUGGAUACCACACUUCCUCGGCCAAGCGCGGCCGGCUCGAUGGCACCCCCCAUGGACUAUGUGGAUCCCUUUGCCGACAGCGGCUCCGAGGAGGAAGAGGAGGAUGACCUCGACGAGCUUUUUGCCGGAGAGAUGCUCCUCUGCCGCCCGCUACGAGAGGCUUUGGAGCCGAUUGAGCGUGCUUUCUUUGCUCUGGCUGGCCAGCAGCGUCGGCUCCGGUGGCUUGGCGACCAUGAGCAGCCCAUCCCGGCUGUGGCGGUGACCGGCGGGGCGGUGGUCCGGUCUCCGCUGCCGGACGCCCCGGUGGGCGAAUCGGCGGCCGUGGUGCUGCGUGUCGAAUUCGAAGACCGGGUCCUGGAGCGUGUGCCCUUGUCAUUCAAUGACGCCAACAUCUUUGGCUGCUUUGCCGAGGCCGAGGAGCUCUCCCUGGAGGAUCUCUGCGAGCGGACCCGGCUGGCCCGGGCACUGGUCAGAAGCGCUCUUGCCUCGCUGGCUGCUCGGGGGCUUGUGUAUGAGCGGGCCGUGCGGGGCGCGCCGGGCCCCGGGUCGGGCGGGAUCUUCGCACCCUUGGAGCGUCUGGAUCUUCUGGAUGCGCAAACGAGCCACUAGGGCACAUUGGGUCCGGGCCCCUGGCCAGCUGGGGCCGGCAAAUAGACGCCCUUCCACCAGCCAAAGACCGGUGGCCGUUGGCAGGUAGGCUGCGGGGAUGCUGGUUGUAUGGUUUUCGUAUAUUU